AUGAUACGAUUCGGCUGCUCGCAGCUUGUCAUCGAACGUCUAGAUCCUUUAGUGAAUCCCGGCUCUACUCCGUCGCCUCACGUUCACCAGAUCGUAGGAGGCAACUCCUUUAAUUCAAGCAUGGACCCGACGACGCACGAUCUCGUCGCAGGGUCUACCUGUACUACUUGUACCUAUUCCGAAGACUUUUCCAACUACUGGACGGCGGUCUUAUAUUUCCGCGCUCGCAACGGAACGUACAGACGCGUGCCCCAGUUUCCGAACGUGGGACUUCGUGCUGAUGGGGGAAUCACGGUCUAUUACAUUCCGCCGUACGAUGGCAAGACCAAGGUGACAGCUUUCAAGCCAGGCUUCCGCAUGCUCGUUGGAGAUGCUGCGCUUCGCAAGGCCGACGGUAUGCAGCGACAGCUCUGCCACCGUUGCUACACGACCGAGUCGGACGCCGGUGUUCCAGGUUCGGACCAGAACGGCGCUCCCUGCACCGGGUCAGAUACCCAAAGCCUCCCCCCGAAGCCGUGCAAAGGCGGUAUUCGUACUACCAUCACAUUCCCAACCUGCUGGGAUGGUAAGAACGUGGACAGUCCGGAUCAUAAGAGUCACGUCGCGUACCCUCAAUCUGGAUCCUUCGAAUCGGUGGGCGCUUGCCCAACAAGUCACCCCGUCCGGUUACCUCAACUCAUGUAUGAAGUCAUGUGGGAUACCAAGGCUUUCAAUGACCCAGAACUAUGGCCAGAAGAUGGCUCCCAACCAUUCUCCUGGUCUACAAACGAUGAGACUGGGUUUUCACAGCACGGUGACUACCUCUUUGGGUGGGAGGGAGACGCACUUCAGCGUGCUCUAGAUGCCCGUUGCAACAACGCCGUCUGUAAGGAGCUCAAGGUUCAGUCAUCUGAAGAUGCGAUGAGAUGUACCAAGGCGCAAACCGCAGUAGAGAACGUCGAUGGAUGGCUAGAGAGUAUUCCGGGCAACUAG